AUGUCAGACUGGAUCCAGAAAGGUGCUUCAGAGCGCUUCUACAUCACUCCCGUACACGACCUCAUUUCCUGUUUAACUGCUGGGUGGCGACGAUACGCAGUGGUAAACAGAUCCCUCAGCAUGCCUACCCGUCAUGUAUCUGACUCGGACCUGACUAGGGUGCCCGAUAAUGUAUUGUUCGGAGUCCCUGUAUUUACUGCGUACUAUGGUCUGAAGGAUAUUUGGCAAUUCAAGGAAGGAGAAUCGCUAAUUGUCAUGCGGCUGCGGGAUCUUAUUGACGCGACCCCAGACGUUGUGGAUGCAUACUUUGACAAGUGGUGGCGGGACGUUGGGAAACCCACGACGGGUGCUACCUGGACUGAAGUAUUCGCCAACCGUUUAACAAUCCAAGGCUUCAUUAUCCUCGACUUUAUGUUCCCGAAGGACGGGUCCGACAGAGUAGCCACAGAAGCAUUUCUGAAAAUUGCUGGUGCACUUCAGCGAGGAGAUAUCACGCUCAAGAAGGCCGAGGACAUCGUGGAGGCCCCCUUCAUAGAUACCCCAAAUGUUUGGGAAAGACUCUUCACUGGCGCCAAUACUGGGAAGUUGGUGACAAAGCUUAAUUUCAGCGCAUGA